UCCCCUCCCCGAACGGCUCGGGGCUGCGGGCUGGAGCCGAGAAGAGCUAGGGGCCGGCGCCGAGCAGGAGCGGGAGCCAGAGCGGGAGCCGGAGCCCGGGCUGGAGCCAGAGCCGGGGCGGGAGUCUGGACCAGCGCAGUGACGGCCCCCCCCCCCUCCGCCCACCGGGCCCAGCCUCUCGGGCGGCUGAGCCGGGACCCUCGGGUAAAGGUGACUCCUCUCCCCUUUGGUCCUCCCCAGCAUCCAGGCUGGGCAGAGAGAGCUUGUUCCCUGCCCUUGGAGAUCAGGACAGAAAGCCACAGACAAACUUAAUCCUAGGCUCAGCCUUGGGGACUGGAAAUGAUGCCUUUCUGUGACCCCUGCUGAGCACUAUAGUCUCCUCUCUUUCCCAGUAAAGGAGCACUCUCCCUGGCCUCCAGACUAGGCACCUGGGAGGAAGGGUCAUCAGGGACUGACUGGGCCAUGACCCUGAGCCAGCAGCUACUUCCAUUGCCCCUCAAGUGAGCAGCCAGCUAUGGCCACCAGUGGUGCCCGAACCUUUGUUUGGCAUGUGUUUCCAGCCAUGCCCACAUGUCGGGUGUACUGCACACCUGCACACCAGGAUGGGCACCUUUUUGUGCUGGGUGGAUGCAGCCGGGCAGGAUUGCCCUUGGGCACAGCAGAGUUGCUGGAUGUAGCUUCACAUAAAUGGCUUUCACUGCCCCCACUGCCCACAGCUAGAGCAGGUGCAGCUGCAGUAGCCCUAGGCAAGCAGGUGUUGGUGAUUGGGGGCAUGGAUGCUGGGCAGAGCCCCCUGGCUUCUGUGGAGGUUUAUCACACGGACGAAGGCCGUUGGGAGCGGCGAGCUGCCCUGACACAACCAGCCAUGGGCAUCUCAGCUUUGGAGAGGGAUGGUGUGGUGUAUGCUCUAGGUGGAAUGGGUUCAGACACAGCCCCACAAGCACUGGUGAGGAUGUACGAACCUUCUAGGGACCGAUGGCUGUCCUUGCCCUCCAUGCCCACACCCUGCUAUGGGGCCUCCACAUUCCUUCAGGGGAAUAAGAUCUUUGUUCUGGGGGGCCGCCAGGGGAAGUUGCCUGUUACUGCCUUUGAAGUCUAUGAUGUUGAAAUGCAGAAUUGGACUCGUUACCCGAGUGUGCCCAGCCGUAGGGCCUUUGCUAGCUGUGCCAUGGCAGAGGGCAGCUUCUUUAGCCUGGGGGGCUUGCAGCAACCCGGACCCCACAACUUCUAUUCCCGCCCACAUUUUGUGAACACUGUGGAAAUGUUUGACUCAGAGCAGGGUGUCUGGACAAAGCUUCCUCGUUCUCUCCGAAUGAGGGAAAAAAGGGCAGACUUUGUGACUGGCUACCUUGGGGGCAGAGUUGUGGCAGUGGGAGGCCUUGGCAACCAGCCAUGUCCCCUGGGCUCUGUAGAAGGCUUCAGCCUGGCAAGGAGGAAGUGGGAGGCACUGCCCUCGAUGCCGACAGCUCGAUGUUCCUGUUCCAGUCUCCAGGCCGGGCAGCAGCUUUUUGUGAUUGGUGGAGUCGCCCAGGGCCCCAGCGGAGCUGUGGAGGCCUUGUGCUUACGGGACGGGGUCUGAAGACUGGCACAACCCACCUGUUCAGAUCUGCCCACCAAAGACCUACUAGCGCUUUCUGCAGAUUUUGGGUGGUGGUGGGGGGAGGAAAGUGUACUGCCACCCUUGGCUCAGUGAUGCUAUUUUCCUGUCAAUGCAUAGAACACAGACUUUGGCUUUCUGAGGUAGGGAGUAGCAUGAGGACACAACGAAGCCCUUCAGCAAGAGCCAAACCUGGGACAUAGAACAACAGCCAAAGGGAUGGCCCCAGAGGUGAGACUAGCCCACUCCCAGCCUAAGAGUAUAGGGUGAGGGCAAGCUGACAGAAAAUCAAGCUGGCUACCCAGGGGUCAGAGCUCUCUUUGGCAUUAACAUAACAGUAAGCACCGAGGCUUUAGAGCUUCUCUGAGAGUGGGAGGACAAUAGUUUCUUCCAGAUCCCUACACUCCCUUGCCCUUCCCCAAAGUUGUCCCCAACCUCAUUUGGCAACCGAAAAGAACUGCUGUGACCCUCAAUAGCUGAACCAUCCCUAUGGGCCUAAGCUGAGCAACAGUCAGUAGUAGCCCAUGGAGCCCACAGGUUCUCCUUCCUAGUUUAGUGCCUACAAGGAGGUGGCCUGGUACACCUGCACCUCCUAAAUAAAGCUGGCCUUCACUGUAAACACAACACUGUAAACACAACACUCAGUGGAACUGUUUUUGCUGAGGGAACAAAAAGGCCUAUGGGGUGGGGGUGGGGAGGUCUUGGGUGGAGGAGAUCUUAGUUUUAACCUGUCCAAAGAUCUCCUUUUGCUUCGUAUUGGAGGAAGGUGGAGAGAAGUGUGACUUAAUGGACUGGCGCUAGUUAAGAGACAUUGAUUAUAUAGUUUCCCCAUUCCACCAGUAGUUGUUGGGUGACUUUGGACAAGUCAUCUCAGCUCGUUGUGCCUCAACUUCCCAUCUAUGAAAUGGGGAACUAUAAUAACCUGCCCUACCUACCUCACAGGGCUGUUGUGAGGCUUAAAGAUGUCAGGAUAUGAAAUAUGAAGAUAUACG